AUGUUUUUUGUCGGAGCAUUGUCAUUGCUAUUAUUGCAAUCAACGAAUGCGCAGCGUCAUGACGCUGAUUUGAUGUCCUUUGUGACUCUUAGGAUUGUUGUCGCUCGAAUGCUAACACCUCCCGUUGUUUUUCUUGAUCAGCUUCCCGAAGUACGCGCCUUGAAAUGGGAAAUCACACAUCAUGACCUCACAAGAGCCGCUCCGGGGUACUGGUUUGUGGCACCGUACGGACAAAUUAGCCCAGAAGAGCCUACCAAGAAAUACCAGCAAUACCAGGUUGGCCCGUAUAUUUACGACAGCGAUGGUAUGUUAAUCUGGGCGGGAGCACCACUUUACGAUAACCGAAAUGUCUUCGACUUCCGGCCCGUCACCAACAUCGAUGGAGAAACGCAUCUCUCGUUCAUUGUCAACUGGGAUAUCGACUACUCGAACAAAGGCCAUGGAGUAGUGUUGGACAAGAAUUACAAGGUCGAGAAAGACGUGAAUAUGCUGCUCGACGUCCACGAUUUCAACAUGCACGAGUUCAACGUCUUGCCCGGUGGUAAAUCGGCGCUAGCAUGCACCUACAGAGAGCAAGAGGUGAAUCUGGCGGACUUUGACCGACCGGAAGAAAUGGGCUGGGUGGUCUCGGGUGGAUUUGUGGAAAUGGACCUGGAGACCAACGAGAUUCUGGCUCAGUGGGAUUCCUUGGACAAGAUUCCGCUCCACGAAUCCGUUCUUGUUGGUCAGUCGGAUGCGCCAGCUGGCCAACCAGGCUGGGAUUAUGUGCAUAUCAAUGCCGUGGACAAGAAUGAAGCCGGAGACUACAUCAUCUCCAUGCGCUUUACCGACACCAUCUACGGAAUCUCAGGCGAAGAUGGCCGCAUUAUGUGGCGUCUCGGUGGGCGGGAGAGCGACUUUGAAAUGGAUUUUACCUUCUCGAAGCAGCAUGAUGUCAAAUUCGUGUCAUCAAACGGAACGCAUCAUGUGAUUUCCUUCUUGAACAAUGCUUCGUUUGAACAGAGUAACGAGGAGAACCUUUCGUCCGCGCUCUUUGUUGAACUCGACACGACUGCGAUGACUGCCCGGGUGGUCAGGCGCGUCAACCGCCCCGACAGUGGGCUGACGCGUCUCCGCGGCAGUGUUCAGCUGCUUCCCAACGACAAUGUCUUUGUCGGCUGGAGCGAGUGGGGCUAUCAAAGUGAACAUGCGCCCAACGGAGAUCUCCUCACGACGGCUCGCUUUGCCUCUGAGCGCUAUUCGACCUACCGCGCUUAUAAAGGCGAGUUUGUUGGUCGGCCGACUUCACCCCCAGACGUUGUCGCCUCUGUCUAUGGUACCCGUAACGAUGACACCACUACCCUGAUCCAUGUCAGUUGGAACGGUGCAACUGAUAUUGCUCGAUGGAACUUUUAUGCCCGCGCUCACGCACAAGGCUCUUCCAUUCUGAUCGGCCAUGCCGAGAAGCACGACUUCGAAACCAUGUACAUCCUAGAUGGCUACAUGGAUUGGAUCACUGCAGAGGCGAUCGACAAGGACGGCAAAGUUCUAGGGACCUCACAAGUCAUUCGAAGCGAGGUGCCGCAAAAUUGGAAAGCCGUGGGCUUCACAGGCUCAACAAUGGGCCCCACACCAGAUGACCCGGCUGUCAUCGCAGCAAUCGACAAGAGCAAUACUCACCCAUCCUCCUCUGGUGCGAAGGCCGAGGAUCAGGCAUCCACCGGCUCAUCAGGUUCGUCGUCCGCAUACGCAGAUGCCAAGGAGGUCGCCAAAGCUGUGAACCAGGCUUAUCAAGUGGUUCGCAAUGUGGGCGCGUUGCUCGUUUUGAUCCUUCUUGUCUGCAUUGUCGCAGGCAUAGUAGUUGGCGUGCGUUUCAUCACCAAUCGCCGCAAGACGAGAUCCUACCAGCAUGUCCCCGCUGAGGAGGGUAUGCCCGUGGAAGCGAUUCCAUUGCGCUCACAAGGCCCGGAAUGA